AUGUCGCGUAGUGAAGUAAUUGCGAACAUUUCGAAGACAAAAGAAUUAGUAGAUAAUGGGUAUUUUGCUGGAGCAGCUAAUUUGAUUGGUGAUUGCUUCGAAAAAGUUGUUUCAUAUAACUUUUAUCCUUUAUUAGACUCAAUUCUUGAUUUAAAAGAAACAAUUGAUAAAAAUACAAAUCAUAUUGAGCUUUCUAUCUUUGAUACAGUACUUCGCCAGUCUCGAUUAAUUCGUUCACCAAAAUCCGAAGAAUUAUUUGAUCGAUUUUUAGAAGAAUCUAAGACAUGUUCAAAGAUUUGCUUACCGAUUCAUGAAAGAUUUGUUAGAAUAUUCCCAAUUGCCACUAAAUUGCGUUUUCCAAAUACAGAAGUUUCAACUGGCAAAGAUAUCGAAUUUGAUCUCCACUUAGAAUCAUUUUUAACCAAAAAUAUUCAUUGCGAUGAUAUCAACAUUGAAUUUACAGUUGAUGAUGGACAACCUUUUGUUCAUUCUCUUGGUCCAAGAGAUUUAUCAAAUUUGACACCAACAAAAAUCAGUGGAACAUUCACGCCACCCCCUAAAAAGAGAAUGCUUCGUGCAGCAUCAAUCAAUUUAGUAGUCAAUAACAUCACUCUUACCUUCGAAUCCACAUUUACUGAAAAAAUAUUUAUUAUUCCAGAUGAAUCGUCAUGUAAGAUUGAUGUAUCAAUGCCAACACAAUGCGUAAUCGGUACAAAGCUUCCUCUCAAGAUUACAAUCACUUCUGGCGAUCUUACACUUCAUAAUGUCCAAACUUCCUUCAUUUAUGAGCAAAGUCAGUCUGCAAUUACUCUCAGUGGUACAUAUAACGGAAAUCCUAUUGAAAAAGUCAAUAAUCUUGGGGACAUGGAAGCAAAUUCAACAAUUAAUUUAGAUUUAUCAAUUAUGACACAUGUUGAACUCCAAACAGCUAUUAUGUUGACUGUUUCAUUCAAUACUGAUGAAUUCGGAACAGGAGUUUUCAAGAAACCUCUGAAAUUUAAUUUCAUUUCUCCAUUUAAGACAAAAAUGGAAUAUUUGAACCAAGAUUUCGAAGUCCAAAUCUUACCAGUUAUCGAUAACCCUGAUGCUUCAGUAAUUAUCGAGACAACUCUUACAAAUGUACUUUCAAUCCCGAUUACGAUUUCAUUCAUCACAGGAACGAUUGAUUUCUUUGAUAUUAAUUGUCUUCCGAGUACUGUGAAGCCAAAGGAAUCGUUUACUUUCCUUGGCCAGACAUCUAAUCCGAUUUUCCACGAAAUUCUCGUUGAUUUCCACGCAGAAGGCAUUGAUGAAGGAUCUAUAUGCUUCAAGACUCCCGAGAUCAAGCAGGAUUUGUUGCCAAUUCAGAUUAAAUACGAAGCUCCAGAUUGUUCAACGAUAAAUGACGUAAUUGACUGCAAGAUUAUCAUUGAAAGAGGUCAAGGACUUCCAAAUGAGAGCGAACUCCUUAAUUUCACCCUUUGCGUUGAAAAAACUCCAAAUUUCUUCCUCGAAGGUCCAGGAAAACUCAAUUUCCACAUGUGGCGUAACCAGAAGAAGGAAAUUCCUAUUAAAUACAUCCCUCUCACGACAGGAUUUUUAUACCUGCCGAAAAUUAACAUUCCAGAACUUAACAAAUCUUAUGUUUCUCAGAUAACUGUUGCUUAUCAAUAA